CUCGGCGGCGGCAAAGCGGCAGGAGCGGAGGCGCGAGCGGGCCGCGCGGCGGGGCGCGGGGAGCGGCGGCGGCCGAGCCGGAGCAACAUGGCGCCGGCAGGAGGGGGAGGGUGCCCCGGCGGCGGGCCCGCCCGAGGGCGCCUCCUCCUGGUGGUGCUGGUGCUGCCGGUGCUGCUGUGGGCGCGGGGUGUCAGGGGCCAGGAAGACCCCCAGCCGAGCAUGAUACUUGGCAUGCGGCUGGUGAGCUGCAACAAAUCGUGUGGGAUGAAGUCAGAUGGCAUCAUCUUUGUGUCUGAGGGUAGCACGGUGAACCUGAGGCUGUACGGCCACAGGCUGGACUCCAUCGCCAGCAACCUGAUCUCCUUCACGGAGGUGGACAAAUCCGACGUCUUACACAACUCCACCCACUGUCCCGAGCUCACCAAGGACCUGGUCGUCCAGCAGCUGGUCAACGUGAGCCGCGGGAACACGUCCGGGAUGCUGGUGGUGUUCACCAAGUUCCUCAGGAGGAGCGAGAACAUGAAGCUGUACGCGCUGUGCACCAGGGCCAGCGCGAAGGGGCCUUGGCAGAGGUUGACCGAUAAGGACUCGCUGCUCUUCAUGAUGGAGGAGGCAGAGAGGUUUCUGCCCCUCUGGCUGCACAUAGCUAUCAUUUUGGUGCUGUUAGUGCUGUCGGGCAUCUUCUCUGGUCUCAAUCUGGGGCUGAUGGCCCUGGACCCAAUGGAACUGCGCAUCGUACAGAACUGUGGCACCGAGAAGGAGAGACGCUAUGCUCGCAAGAUAGAGCCCAUCCGCCGCAAGGGCAACUACCUGCUCUGCUCGCUGCUCCUGGGAAACGUACUGGUCAACACCUCCCUCACUAUCCUUCUGGACAACCUCAUCGGGUCCGGACUCAUGGCCGUGGCCUCCUCCACCAUCGGCAUUGUCAUCUUUGGGGAGAUCUUACCUCAGGCCCUGUGCUCCAGACACGGACUGGCUGUGGGUGCCAACACGAUCAUUCUUACCAAAUUUUUUAUGCUACUCACCUUCCCCCUCAGUUUCCCCAUCAGCAAGCUCCUGGACUUUUUUCUGGGCCAGGAGAUUCACACUGUUUACAAUCGGGAGAAGCUGAUGGAGAUGUUGAAAGUGACAGAGCCCUAUAAUGACCUUGUGAAAGAGGAACUAAAUAUGAUUCAGGGGGCCCUGGAAUUAAGGACUAAAACUGUGGAGGACAUUAUGACCCAGCUCCAUGACUGCUUCAUGAUCCGCAAUGAUGCCAUCCUGGACUUCAACACGAUGUCCGAGAUCAUGGAGAGUGGCUAUACCCGCAUCCCUGUGUUUGAAGAUGAGCAAUCCAAUAUUGUAGAUAUUCUCUAUGUCAAAGAUUUGGCCUUCGUGGACCCCGAUGACUGCACCCCCCUCAAGACCAUCACCCGCUUCUACAACCACCCCGUGCACUUUGUCUUCCAUGACACAAAGCUGGAUGCCAUGCUGGAGGAGUUCAAGAAAGGGAAAUCCCACCUGGCCAUCGUGCAGAAAGUGAACAAUGAGGGUGAAGGGGACCCAUUCUACGAGGUCCUGGGCCUGGUCACCCUGGAGGAUGUCAUUGAAGAGAUCAUCAAAUCUGAGAUCCUGGACGAGUCAGAUAUGUACACUGACAACCGAAGCCGGAAACGGGUAACUGAGAAGAAUAAACGGGACUUCUCAGCCUUCAAGGAUACUGACAAUGAACUCAAGGUGAAAAUUUCACCUCAGCUACUUCUGGCUGCUCACCGCUUUCUGUCCACGGAGGUCCCCCAGUUUAGCCCCUCUCUGAUAUCAGAGAAGAUCCUGCUUCGGCUGCUCAAGUACCCAGAUGUCAUUCAGGAACUCAAGUUUGAUGAGCACAACAAACACUAUAUCCACCACUAUCUGUACACCCGGAAUAAGGCGGCCGACUACUUCAUCCUCAUCCUGCAGGGCAAGGUGGAGGUGGAGGCUGGGAAGGAGAACAUGAAAUUUGAGACAGGUGCCUUCUCAUACUACGGGACCAUGGCCCUGUCCUCGUCCCCCUCUGACCGCUCCCCAUCGCACCCCACCUCCCUGAGCCGCUCGGCCUCCCUCAGUUACCCGGACCGCACAGAUAUCCCGAGCACAGUCCCCUUGGCUGGUGGCAGCAACCCGUUAGGCCAGUACAUCUCUGACUUCAGUGUCCGGGCACUCAUGGACCUUCAGUACAUUAAGAUCACCCGGCAACAGUACCAGAAUGGGCUGCUGGCCUCACGGAUGGAGAACUGCCCUCAGUUUCCCCUGGAUGGGUGCAACAUCUGUACGGAGAGCUUGGCGGAGAAGCCUGAGCUGUCUGUGGUGGAUGAGACCACAACUCUCCUCAACGAACGCAAUGCUACAUUGCGCAAAGCUUCCCCUGAGAGCGCCAUCUGACAGGAGGGCCCGGGGCCCCCCGCCAGCUCCGCGGGGGCCGCCCCAGUGGGCCCACCUGAAGAGAAGGAGCCUAUCAGGCCAGAUGGGCUGCAAACAGACUGUCUUACUGAGCAGCCAGGUGGCCCCCCAGGCUGCAGGGAAGCUGGCCUUUGACAGGGACCGGCGAGCAGCUGGGAAAUGGUGGCUGCCCAGCCCUGGACUCUGGGGUGGUGGGCAACUACCACAAGCAAGGCUGUUUUCUUACUGGAGACUUUCUAAACUAGGCUUAUUGCUCCUCUUUUGAAAUAUCAUUUGAGGAAGGGAAUGGGGAAGGGAAGACAGAGUUAAGGAACUUUAUUUAAAAAAAAUUUUUUUUCCAUAAAAACUUUGAAAGGGGUAGGGUUUCUCACCCCGGGAAGCAAUAGCCAUAAUCUGCUCCCAGCCACGACCUUCUGGCUCGGUCCCUGACUCAGGGAGCCCACUCUUCCUCCUCCUUGUCCUCCAGAGAUGGGUCCCAGUGGCCUGCUGGAGGAGGAUUUUCUUUUGGGAGGAAGAUAGCGCUUCCCAGGAAGCAAAGAACUGAAUAGCAUUGAGAACAACUGCCUGGACAUGUGCACUGAGGCUGAGGGAUUCUGGAGAAUUGUGAUCAGGGACAUGAUGCUCCCAGCUAGAGAGGAGUAGCCCUGUUUCUGUCACUCGCCGGAUCCAGGAAUUUCUGAGAACUCUGCUGAUGGGUUCUCCUGGUGAGAUGGGGCCACUGAGGACUCUCACCCUCAUCCCCAUUGGUUUGCCUCAUAUCUGCCCCUUUGGACAACUGUUCCCUUGUAAUGGGGCUGCUUUGAUGUGUUAGGCAGGGUCUCCCACCUUUCAGAUUGCUCACCCUGCUCCCCAAGCGGCCCUCAUUUUUACCAAAGGCUUCCCUCUGGGUUGGACAGCAUCUGCAUUAAAGGUGGCUUGUCUGUGAUACUCCUUUUGGUUCCAGGAGGGAAUCUGGUCAUGGGUAUCUGCAUUGUUAGCAAGUAAUACUAUCUCCUUCCCACCCCACAACCAAAGUCCAGUCUGACUCUUGAACUCUGCUUUCCAGACUCCCCACUUCUAAUCCAAGCCCCAAGGCCUCUUGGGGAUUGAAAACAGAGGACGUGUAGGAAGCCAACCGUUUCCUCCGUGGCUGAGCCUUACCUACCCUGUUUGUACACUUUCAGAUCCCAGGAAAGGUUUCCACCUCAAAGGCACACAACUGGCAGCCACAUUUCCCCCAUGUCUGUAAUCCUAGUGUGAGAUGUCAUCAGGCCUGUGCUGAAGCUGGUGGUACAGAGCUCCACAUCCACAGGAAAUCCUGCCCCAGCACCUUUUCCCUGGGGCUGAAUCAGGCCCUGCUGCACAGCUCCAGGCUUCCCACUGCUGGGGAGGCUGCAGGACCAAGGUCCGUGUUGGCCCUUUUGUCAGGUGAACGGUUGCUGGGGCCCAAGAUCAGGCAAGGGAGACUCAGCAGGCCUUCCACCUGAGUAUUAUCUAUUCACUCCUUUCCUCAAGUUCUCUGCUUUUCAGGUGCCUAGAGAACCCCAAGUCUUGGGACCAGGAAAUGUUUUGCACCAAGUAUGCCUGCCCCUGGCCAGUCACAGAAUUUAUUCCUAAAAGUUUGGAGAGAGGUGGUGACACCCAUGGGUUCUCAGCCAGAAGGAGAAAAGACACUGGACCUUUGUUCCCUGGGGGGUGGGGGGAGACCCAUUAGUUUUCUACAGGUACAGCUUGCUUUCUGCGUCCACAUGGAAGCUUGCAAAGCUGUGUUCUUGAGACCCGAGUACCAGGCAGGGCCAAGCACACUGGCCUGAACCAAGUGUGUGUGAAGUAAAAGCGGGUGCACACACUUCCAUGCUACCUCUCUGUACACAGUUACUAUGAACAGAUGGUCCCUCUUCCCCCACCUCUCCCUCCCCUUCCCCAUUUAUAAUCACUUCUUGCAAAGGGUCGUAAUUAUUUCCAAAUAUUACUGGUCCGAUGACUUCCUCCUCCCAGUGCAAUUUUUCACUUCCUAUUCCAACCUCUGGUUCCUGGGCUGAGCUCUACUCUGGAACUGGCCCAUUCCUGCAUGUCUUCCUGUGUAAGGGAGACCAUCGCAGAUGGCCUCCAAAUGGGUAGGCAGGUCACAGCCAUCAUAGCAAGUAACUCGUAUUUAUUUUGCAUAAGAUUUUAAUUUGUAUAUAUUUGUGAUUUAUUUUGGCAUUGUUAUGAGUUUGACUCUCGGGGAGUUUUGUUGUUAUGACUCUUGUGUCUUUUGUCACAAAACAAUGAUAAUAUUUGCUAAACAAUAUAUGGAAUUUAUUUUUGAUUGGUAAUAAAAAAUGA